AUGCCUGUUGAUCGUCCAACUGAAGUAAAAGUCGCUGUCAUCGUGAACGACGUUCUCCAUCCUAAACUUGUAAUUGCCUCCACAACUGCGAACAAAGUGUUUGGAUACACCAUAUUGCUAAAGAGUUCAGGAAGUGAUGAAAGUAUGCGAUUUGCGGUCUUUACGCUGCUCUAUUUUAUAGGUUGCCUGAUACAAGAUUUUGUGACUGGAAACGUUGUUCGAUUAGUUGAUGGGGACAACCCAUUUGAAGGGCGGGUUGAAGUGUGGCAUGAUGGUUCCUGGGGAACAGUUUGUGAUGACGAUUGGACACUUAAGGAAGCCAACGUGGUUUGUCGCCAACUAGGGCUGGAUGGAGCCUCUUCAGCGGUCGAGGGAGGAGUUUUUGGUGAAGGAAGUGGAAAGAUAUGGAUGGCUCGGGUUAAAUGUUUUGGAAAUGAAAGAAGAUUAUCAGAUUGUUAUUUUCCUGGGUGGGAAAUACACAGUUGUAUGCAUUUUGAAGAUGCAGGAGUAAUUUGUAUGCAAGUUCGACUAACUGGUGGAAGUAACCCAUUUGAAGGGAGGGUUGAAGUGUUUCACAAUGGCUCCUGGGGAACAGUGUGUGAUGACCAGUGGACAAUUGAGGAUGCUAACGUGGUUUGUCGCCAACUUGAUUUCGAGGGUGCUUUGAAAGCAGUCACGUCUGCUCAUUUUGGUGAAGGAACUGGAAAUAUAUGGAUGGUUGACGUGAAUUGUGUUGGAAAUGAAAGAAUAUUGACAGAAUGUAAACAUCAGGGAUGGGGAAAACACAAUUGUGGCCAUAGUAAGGACGCAGGUGCAAUAUGCAUCAUACCAGUUCGAUUAGCUGGUGGAAGUAACCCAUCUGAAGGGAGGGUCGAAGUAUUUCACGGUAGUUCCUGGGGAACUGUAUGUGAUGACUAUUGGACAAUUAAGGAAGCCAACGUGGUUUGCCGACAGUUGGGUUUCGCGGGUGGAGCUUUGUCCGCGAUCACUUCUGCAGGUUUUGGUCAAGGACGUGGAAAAAUAUGGAUGGAUAACGUUGAUUGUGAUGGAAAUGAAGGAAGAUUAAAACUGUGCUAUCAUGCUGGUUGGGGACAACAUAACUGUGACCAUGUUGAUGAUGCAGGCGUUUUAUGUAUCCCAGUUCGAUUAGCUGGUGGGGGCAACCCAUUUGAAGGGCGGGUUGAAGUGUUUCAUAACGGUUCCUGGGGAACUGUUUGUGAUAACCGUUGGACACUUAGGGAAGCCAACGUGGUUUGUCGCCAACUAGGGCUGGAUGGAGCCUCUUCAGCGGUCGAGGGUGGAGUUUUUGGGGAAGGAAGUGGUAAGAUAUGGAUGGAUCAGGUUGAAUGUUGUGGAAAUGAAAGAAGAUUAUCAGAUUGCUCUUAUCCUGGGUGGGAAAUACACGACUGUAGCCAUUUCGAAGACGCAGGAGUAAUUUGUAUGCAAGUUCGACUAAUUGGUGGAAGUAACCCAUUUGAAGGGAGGGUUGAAGUGUUUCACAAUGGCUCCUGGGGAACAGUGUGUGAUGACCAAUGGACAAUUGAGGAUGCUAACGUGGUUUGCCGCCAACUUAAUUUCGAGGGUGCUUUGAAAGCAGUCACGUCUGCACGUUUUGGUGAAGGAACUGGAAAUAUAUGGAUGGACGACGUGAAUUGUGUUGGAAAUGAAAGAAAAUUGACAGAGUGUAAACAUCAGGGAUGGGGAAAACAUAAUUGUGGUCAUAGUAAGGAGGCAGGUGCAAUAUGUAUCAUACCAGUUCGAUUAACUGGUGGAGCAAACCUAUAUGAAGGCCGGGUUGAAGUGUUUCAUCGAGAUUCCUGGGGAACAGUGUGUGAUGCCCAUUGGACACUUAAAGAAGCCAACGUGGUUUGUCGCCAACUAGGAUUCGAGGCUGGAGCUUCCGCGGCGGUCAGGUCUGCAGGUUUUGGUGAAGGAAUUGGAAAUAUAUGGAUGGAUGAGGUAAACUGUGUUGGACAUGAACGGCGACUAAUAGAUUGUAAUCAUCUCGGAUUGGGAAAACACAAAUGUGACCAUAGCAAAGAUGCAGGUGUUAUAUGUAUUCCAGAUUUCACAGUUCGAUUGGUUAUUGGUAGACAAAUCGCAAAGUUGCAAGGGCGGGUGGAGGUGUUUCACAAUGGCACUUGGGGAACAGUUUGUAAUGACGACUGGGACAUAAAGGAUGCCAACGUAGUUUGCAGUCAACUUGGAUUCGUGGAAGCUGUACAAACUCCGAUUCCCUAUGUAUACGGUACAGGAUCCGGGCAAAUAUGGUUGGACAAUGUAAACUGUGUGGGAAACGAGAGUUCACUAGCAGAGUGUGAUCAUAACCAGUGGGGAACCCAUGACUGCUCUCACUUUAAGGAUGCAAAUGUAGUUUGUGCUCCAGGUCCUCACUAUUCGCCUCCUACUUCUCCUAAAAUUAAAGAUGUUAUUGUCUAA